UGCAGCAGAGCUACACAAAUACAAAACAAUGGCUUCAGCAACAAGCGGUAUCUGCUUCUGCUCCACUCUUUCCUUCCCAAAACUCACCUCUCACUCUUACAAUCACAAACCCAUCACUUCCCUUUCAUUUUACCCCUUCAAACCAAUUCCCAGUCUGAAACUUUCACAUCCCUCUCUGGGGCUACCUAAACGAGCAGUUCGGGUUUUGGCUUCUGAUUCUACGACGGACCCAAAUGAAAACACGGCUAAUUCAAACGCUGAUUCAACAAUUCACAUAAAACUGCCAAGAAGUUUAUCAGUCCAGUUCACUUGUGGGGAAUGUGGCGAAAGAACAGAGAGGCUCAAACCGUUUGGCCUAUGAACGUGGACUUGUGUAUGUACAGUGUGCAGGGUGUCUCCAAUACCACAAAUUAGCUGACAAUCUUAGCCUUGUUGUUGAGUAUGACUUAAGGGAUGAAAUGUGAAGACAGAUCAACCUAACUGGUGACAUAUAUAUCGAUUAUGAU